UGUGGUGAUAAGAUUGCUGGGCGAAGAUUGAGUCAAAUACUGUUUCGGUUGGUGGUGCUGGCCCUUUAAAUUUGUGAAUUUACUCAACAAAAUAACCGAAAUAUUUUACAUUUAACUUCAAACAGGGGACAUGUGUGGAAUCUGAAGGCGGAUUUUUAAAGAAAUCACCGAGCAGACGAUAAAAAAAGGGCUGCGCCGUGAGUCUGGUUCAGGUUUUCACUAGCAGGUUGUGUGACGCAGAUUGUGGACUGAAUACAUCGAGACGGGACGAUGAGUGAACUGGAACAGUUGCGGCAGGAAGCAGAGCAACUGCGGAACCAAAUUAGAGAUGCCCGGAAAGCAUGUAGUGAUUCCACUCUGUCCCAGAUCACAGCUGGUCUGGAUUCUGUGGGUCGGAUCCAGAUGAGAACACGACGCACUCUGAGGGGCCAUUUAGCCAAAAUCUACGCAAUGCACUGGGGAUCAGACUCCAGGCUACUUGUCAGUGCUUCUCAAGAUGGUAAACUAAUUAUCUGGGACAGUUACACAACAAACAAGAUGCAUGCCAUUCCUCUGAGGUCAUCCUGGGUCAUGACCUGUGCCUAUGCUCCCUCUGGAAACUAUGUUGCCUGUGGUGGCUUGGACAACAUCUGCUCAAUAUACAGCCUAAAAACCAGAGAGGGUAACGUUCGAGUCACCAGAGAGUUACCUGGGCAUACAGGUUAUUUAUCUUGCUGUCGUUUUUUGGAUGACAACCAGAUCGUGACCAGCUCAGGAGACACAACCUGUGCUUUAUGGGACAUUGAGACCGGCCAACAAACUACCACGUUCACAGGCCACACUGGUGACGUCAUGAGCUUGUCCCUGAGCCCCGACAUGAAGACAUUCGUAUCUGGUGCUUGCGACGCUUCGUCUAAACUGUGGGACGUUCGAGACGGAAUGUGCAGGCAAUCAUUUACUGGCCAUGUGUCCGAUAUCAACGCUGUUUGUUUCUUCCCCAAUGGAAAUGCCUUCACCACAGGCUCAGAUGAUGCCACUUGCCGGUUGUUUGACCUGCGGGCUGACCAGGAGUUAAUGAUGUACUCCCACGACAACAUAAUCUGUGGAAUCACCUCUGUAGCUUUCUCAAAAAGUGGCCGCCUCCUGCUUGCAGGCUACGACGAUUUCAACUGCAACGUGUGGGACACCUUGAAGGGAGAGCGUGCUGGUGUCCUUGCUGGUCACGAUAACCGUGUGAGCUGUUUAGGAGUUACUGAUGAUGGCAUGGCUGUAGCCACAGGAUCUUGGGACAGUUUUCUUCGAAUCUGGAAUUAACCAGGUUGGGGGAUACAAAGGUUAACUAUAUGUCCUCCACUGAGAUCCAGGGGGAGUCACUGCUGCAGCCUACAGCUGUGAGGAAAGUAACGUUCUUUCUACCUUGUAUUUCCAGGUGAAAUUUUUUCUAUUCACUUACUACACAAAGCUUUCAGUAAAUAGUCCAAUCGAAUGAAGAAAUGAAAAAUUAACCCUGGCAAACCUCUGACUUUUGACAGGGGCUAGCAUGUUACCAUGGUGACCAAGAAGCUAGGAGCCAGUCAUUGUUAUAUAUUUUUGUCUUUUUUUGGGGUUUUUUUUUAAGUUUUUGUUUUUUGUUUUUAAUUUUGUUCUUUUGCCCCACCCCACAUAAUUGGUUUAUAGCUUGCAUUUAACCUGAUAUGUCACACUUUGGUUGUGGAUGAACUGAUUGCUGUUAUACAACUUCUUAGUGGACUACUUAACUUUGGAUAAAGGUUAACCUAAGCUUUGUUUUGUGUUAAUAUUUGCCAGCUAUUUUGGUAAUGGUUGCUUGAAACUUAAUCUGGUGGUACCUCUUUGGUGAUUUGAAUACAGUAUUAUUUAUGAUAGUUUCUUCUUCCUGCCCCUGCACCACCGUUUGACUUUGUGGCUUCAUUUGGAAACCAAGAACAGGGGUUAAUACAGAAAAUGACCAAGGGACUGGGGAAACAACUUUUGGGGUCUUGGUCUUCAUUCUAAAUUCUUCACUUUAAAAAAAAAAAAAAAAAAUUAUAUAUAUAUAUAUAAUUUUAGAUUUUAAAUGAAUGGCAUAUUAUUAAUUUUAAACUGAAAUUUACUGAGCUAUUAAUACACCCACCCCCCUACCCAUACAGCAGUUGGUCACUUCUGGCAGUCUGGUGUCUUCCUACUGAUGUAAGUUUUAAAAUAUUCUUUGUCAUAAAGCACUGAAGUACUGUUGUCAGGAUUGCAAACUCCUGUGCAGUUCAGUCUGUUCAGGAGCAGGUUUCAGUAUCUGCUCUGGCAGAUCUACUGAGUAUUUUGACCUUGACUAGGCAGAGGCAGCAGGACCACAACUAAAUUAGGAAGCUGAAUCUGUUUAGUUAUAAUUUAAAUAUCCAUAUUUCCUGUGUUCUAAUUUGACUUUUGAGUAUUAUUGUUAUUAUAUGAAUGCCAGUAUUGGCUAAUUUUAUAAUGUUAAUGCAUGAUAUGCUGUUAUUUCUGCUGAUGCAAGGAUUUUCCUCAGCAUUUAGACCACAGACAGCCAAAGCCCCUUUUUGAGCCUUCAUUUAGCAUUACCCACCUGUCCCCGAAUAACUAAAUAAAUUGCAUAGCCCUGCUCGCCACUGAGUGCCACUACUGGGUAGUAGACAUUCCGUCUGUAAAUGUUUUCUUUUAAUCUGGUCUGUAAUCACUAUGUGCAACCUGUUUUCUAAACAAAUGUUUCAAGCAGUAAGAGUGGUUAGCAAAAAAAAAAGUUCACUUUGUACAGUGAACAAAAAAAAAUGCAUGUAACAAUAGUUCAAAUGUAACCAGAAAGCACAUUAGCAUUUUGUCAUUUAAAAAAAAAAAAUUCUGAGCAUCAUUCAAACUGACAAGGCAAAGAUCUAGGUUUUUUUUUUUUUUUUUUUUUUUUUUUUUUACUUUUUGGAGCAGGUAUAGAAAAUUUUGCCAGCAUUCUGGACAUAUUUUCUUUAAAUCAUGAGCUGUUGGGAGGCAGUGGUGUGCAAGUUCUUUUAGGACUUGUUUAGCUUUCACAAAGCAGUGCUAAUUUUAUUACAUUUUUUGGUAGUGGUGCUAUUGCCUGAUUUUUUUUCUUUUCUAAUAAUCCCAGAUAGGAAUGCACAGCAGUGAUGGGUAGUGGCACAGCACACAUUUGUUUUGCCUUGCAGCUUACAAAGAAUCCCAGUGCAAGCAAACAUCCAAAUACUUACCUUUUAAAAGCGGUAUCUAAUUGAUUAGAUCUUUUUAUUUUUUUCCGUGCAGUGGAGUAUCACAUGUCCAAUAAUUUGAUCUGGUUAAAUUGUAACGUGGUCACAGCGAACACAUUGUGUAAGAGCUGGAGCUUGUGUCCCAUUGCUGCCUCUUGCAUGUUUCUUUAGAUUCUGAAGAGAAUAGUUGUUUGAGUUGAAAGAACAGGUUGGUUUCAUUAUGAAGCACUCUACCAGACGUAGGCACAUCAAAGGUUCUGAAUAAUCCAGUUUCUGACUGUACUAGAAAGCUAUUCCGUACUGUCCAUGCCGGUGCCCUUCAGAGUAUGCCUGUAAGUUUUUGUUGACGUGCCAAUAAAUGUGCCAACGGGAACAAUUCUGCACUUUGGGGAAAUCACAUAAUAGUAUUUUAAUUUAGAAAAAACUGGGACCAAAUUUAAUCUGAAAACAACACUAAAGAAACCACAAAGAGGUAUCCAGUAAUUUGGUUUAUUAAAAUGUAUGUACAUUUAAAAAGUGUUUCUGCUUUUCAGAGAACUGAAAUGCAACAUGCAGCUCCUUCAUUUCAGGCAGUUUUCUGUAAAUCAUUGUAUCAAGUUAAGUAGAUGGGUUACUUGCUACAGUUACUACUAAAAUGUUUAUUAUAUUUAUUGAUUAUUAAGAAAUUCUUAAUCAUGUAGUGAUUAUGGUAGCAGUUGUGAGUUUUAGCUGCAUUGCCCUGAUUUUUUUUUUUUUAAGCAUUUCUAAGUAUACAUAUAUUGACAAUAGAAUGUGGUUUCCAGAAAAAUCAUUAAAAGUUAGGUAUAGUGUAUUGCAAAAAGUACUAAGUGUUGAAAGAAUUUGUACUGUAACAUGGUGUCAAAUUCCACGCUUCAUUUUGCUUUAGCUAAGGCUACAAAUUUGUUUUUCUGCCCCAAAAAACCUGUUCAUUUGUUUUUGUAUAAUCCUUGCUCAAUGCUGCUUUUUUUAAUGUUUUCUUUUGUUUUUGUUUUUUGUAUUUUUGCUAUAGCAGGUGGCAGUUGUACAAUAGCCAGUGCCCUGAAAUUUAAGAAAAUGCCUGAAAGUUUCAUAAGUUGCCUAACACGAGGAUAAAGGUGCCUAGUGCAUGAGUGCCCUUGUUUAGCUGAAAUACUGCUUGGUGCUGAUUGUAUAAUUGUGAAGAUCAGUUCUCUUUU